CCCUUACUGCCUGGCACCUCUGGGGCAGAACAAGCCAGGCGAAGGGCGCCUGCGCAGGGAAGGCUGAAGAAAUGCACUGUUCUUGCUGCCUGCUGCUGCGGGAGGAGACCUUAUGGGGGAAGCUAUCAUUCUUCUCUACAGAAGAGCUUUUUCUCAUCAAUCGGGGGUGAUUACAGUUCUUCCUAAAAAGGAUGGCUGCUCUUUUUCUAAAGAGAUUAACACUACAAACUGUGAAGUCUGAAAAUAGUUGCGUUAGAUGUUUUGGUAAACACAUCGUGCAAAAGACAGCACCAGCACAGUCGUCCCCUAUUGCUUCUGCCCUGAGACUCUCCUUCCUAAUUCAUGCAGAAGCCUUUAGUACCACUGAAGACACCCAGAAUGAAGGAAAAAAGAAAAAAAAGAGUCAAACAGCUUUUAGUAACGUUGGAAGAAAAAUUAGUCAGCGAAUUAUUCACUUAUUUGAUGAGAAGGGCAAUGAUAUGGGGAACAUGCACCGAGCAGAUGUGAUUAGACUUAUGGAUGAGCGAGAGCUGCGACUGGUCCAAAGGAACGCCAGCACAGAGCCCGCAGAGUACCAGCUCAUGACAGGACUGCAGAUCCUCCAGGAGCGGCAGAGGCUGAGGGAGAUGAAGAAGGCUAGCCCCAAAACUGGACCAACCCUGACAAAGGAACUGACUUUUUCUUCAAAUAUUGGACAACAUGAUUUGGACACAAAGAUUAAACAGAUUCAACAGUGGAUUAAGAAAGAACGCCAAGUCCGGAUUACUAUAAAGAAAGGAAAAAAUGUAGACGUGUCAGAAAAUAAAGUGGAGGAGAUAUUUCAUCAAAUACUCCAGACUAUGCCUGGAAUAGCUACAUUCUUAUCUAGGCCACAAGCUGUUCAAGGAGGAAAAGCUUUAAUGUGUGUUCUUCGUCCUUUAAGCAAAAAUGAAGAGAAGGCACGUGGAGAAACUCAAAAGACCCAGAAAAGAGACACUUUGAACCAAGACCAUGGAAAUGAUAAGGAAUCAAAUGUUCUGCAUCAGUAAUUUUAAUAAAGAAAAGUAUGAUCUGAGAGAAA